AUGGGGGAAGAGCUCGUCCUCCAGGACACAUGGUCCGAGAGUCUGGACCAGGACUUCUGCACCUCCACCCCCCUGAGACUAGCCCCAGUGUCGUCCUCCUCCCUCGUUUCCUCCUCCUUCUCCUCCUCUCUCCUCAGUGUCCUGGACAAUGGGACAGGGACAGCAUCUCCGGAGCAGGUGCUGUCUUUGUGGAGGGACGAGGGUCUGAGGGACGGCCCACGAGUGCUGCAGUUGCUGGACUUCCCGGGGGACGAGCCUGUGUCGCUCUCAGACCUGUCGUCUGUUCUGCAAAAUGAACUCUGCGUCAGUUCGAACAUUGUCCACCAGGCGGCACUCAUCUGCUUCAGAACAGAGCUACAGCAUCUGCAGUCAGUCCUGGAGCAGAGCCGCAGGGAGAAGGACAAAUACAGAUCUGAUCUGGAAAAGUCAGACUUCAGGAACCUGCAGCUGCUGCGGGAGAUGGACGAACGACAGACAGGUGGAGCCUCCUCCCUCCCCUCCCUCAUGCCCCUCCCUCACAGACAGGUGGAGGUGGCCUGUAGGGGGCGUGUCUCAGAGCUGAGGUCACAGCUGCAGCAGGAAGUGGAGUCAGUUCAGCAGCUGGAGACAGAGAAGAGCUCCCUCCACAGGACACUACAGGAACUGACCACACGACAGACGCACCAGCAGGGGGAGCUGUCCACCCUCACACAGGAGAACCUGAGUCUACAUCAGGACCUGUCAGAGCUGCGUUUGAAGCUGAACGAAUCUGAGACGAGUUUCAACAAACUACAGCAAGAGCUGGAGCGCCUCCUGGUGGACAAGUUCAGCCUGGAGCCUGGUGGUGGCGCCGCGAGUCCAGAGAGACUGACAGAGAUCAUCAGAGGAUAUGAAGAGGAGUGUAGGGAGCUGAGAGACCGUAACGACGAGCUGACCUCAGAGCUGGUGAAGAGUCAAAGAAAAACCAGACGCCCGAGAGAUCAGCGCACUCCAGAUAACGGUGACCAUGGUAACCACAGUAACCAUAGUAACCACUGGCUCCUCCCACAGUGGAACAUCAGGACUCUCCUCGUGUCCGGAGGAAGCUGCUUCCUGCCGACAGAACAGACUGAGCUGGCUCUAGAACAGCUGCGACAGAACCAUCAAGAGGAGGUGCAACAACUGCAGGUCAAGAUGGAGACUCAGGUGAAUUAUUAUGAGCGAAGUCUGGAGCAGAUGAGACGCAGUAUGGAGCUGGAGAGAAAGGACAUCUCCCAGGGGUUUAAGAUGGAGAUCUGUGAACUGGAGGAGCAGAAGUCUGAGCUGGAGGCUCAGCUGAAAACCAUGAAGGAACAAGCGGAGAGACACCAGCAGAGGGCAACAGAGAGCAGGGACCGCGAGCAGAGCAAGAGGCUGCAGAGGGAGCGGGCUGAGAUGGAGCAGAAUUUCGCUCGUGAAAUUUCAAACUUGGUCCAAAAACUGAGCGCAGAGAAAGACCAGCUCGAGGCGGAGCUACGGCUGAAGAUGGACCAGGGACAACUGGUGCUGAGGUCUGAGGCAGAGCGCAGGGAGGCGGAGCUAAGAGUGGUGUGGGAAAACCAGCUGGCCAAUCAAGAAGAGACACAACACUUGCGUUCAUCUCUCGUCCAAUCAGAGGAGAGACUGCGGGAGGCAUGUGUGCAGCUGAAGGAAAGCGCCACGUUUUUAGAAUCGCACGAAAAACUGAACACGCGACUGAUGCGGGAGGGGGCGAAGCUAGAGGUGGAGCUACAAGAUAAGGAGGAGGAGCUACAACACAAAGAGGCGGAGCUACAAAAAGCACGAAACGUAGAGGAGGAGCUGAGUAUGGACCGCCAGAAACUGAUCAGAGAUCUAAAAGAGCAGGCCAUGAGGGCGGACCAAUCAGAGGCGAGCUUACAGGAAGUGACCGUCCGACUAAACCAAUUACAGUUGAGCUUAAAGGUACAGCUUGGCCAAUCGGAGAGAAGAUUGCAGAUGAUGACAGCGCAGUUCCAUCACUCACAGACCUGCUUAGGGAAUGCGAACGCACAGCUCGACCAAUUACAGAAGAGCUUACUGGAAAUCACACCACGUUUCAGCCAAUCAGAGAAGAGCUUACAGGAAAUGUCUGCGCAGCUCGGCCAAUCGCAUGAGCUGGUCGAAAGGCUACAGCUGCUCAAGAGCCAAUCAAAUUCGAGCUUAGAGAGGCGUAUGGGGGCGAGGCUAUCGAAUGAGGGGGCGGGGCUAACGGAGGACUGGGCGGAGCUUGCGCUGCGUCUGCGUGCAGAGAGAGACGGCUACAUGCGUCUGUGCGACCAGCUGUCGUCGCAGAUCGUGGAGAUGGAGGAGGAGUUGCAACGCCGCUCUGCAGAUCUGGUGCGUCAGUCCGAGCUGCAGCGGCUCCGAUCCGAGUCAGAGCAGAGACUGGGCCACAUGGAGGAGCUAGUGAGGCGGCUGGAGACAGAGGACAGCGCCCCUUACAGGACGCAGGUGGACGACUUGAGGUCUGAAAACGUCGCUCUUCUAGAACGAGUUUCGCUGCUUCAACAGGAAGUGACAUCGCUGGAGGAGGAAGUGGACAGAAAACGGAGGAAAACUGAAGAAACUGAACAAGAACGAGAAACUAUGAAAGACGUGCAAGAACGACUCAACAAAGAGAACUUUGGACUCCGGCAGCAGGUCCUGGACCUCAGCAACAGAAACCUGGAGCUCAGUUCUUCAAACGCAGAGAUGAGUCUAAAGACCAGGAGAGCAGAGGAAGACAGCACCACCUUGCAAAGGCUGAAGGAAGAGCUUGUCCAAUCAGAGCGGGAGAAACAUCAGCUUCAAGUGGAGCUCAGUGCCACCAAGAGGCAGGGGGAGACACUCAGUGAGUCGCUCAGGUCUCAUGAGAAGGAGGCGGAGUCUCUUCGGGCGCAGCUGCAGUUGGCCAAUCAGGAGGCUCUAACCAUCAAGCAGGAAGUGACGCUCACUCAGCAGAGACUGAAGGAUACUCACAACAAGGGGGAGGAGCUGGACUUAUGUCUCAGGAAGUUGAUCACAGAGAAGGAGAAAGUGACAUCAUCGAUGGAGGAGGAGCUUCAGAUGCUGCAAAUCAGAAACCAGGAACUCCAGUCCAAGGUGGCUGAAGUCCAGACCCAAGAUCAGGAGAUCCACAGACUGAACCAACAGCUGCUGGAACUGAAGACUCAAGUGGAGCAGUUGGAGAGGACCAAGAACCAGGCCCAAGACCAGGUCCUCAGAGCGGAUACAGCCUUGAGUGUGAUCCAGUCUCAGCAUCUGCGGCAGAUCCACCAGAUCCAGACCGAAUCAAAGUCCCAGACAGAGACCGAGACCAGGACCAGAGCAGAAUUGGACUCUGCGCUGGACCAACUGCGGGACGAGCGAGAGAGGAGAGCGAGAGUGGAGCAGGAGCUAGGGGAGAGAGAGAUGGGCAAGCGACAGGGCGAGCAAGAGGCUGUGUCUCGUCUCUCUCUUCGGGCUGAAGACCUGCAGCUGCAGCUGAAGGCCACACGAGGUCUGCUACAGGAGAAGAGCUCAGAGCUGAAGGAGCAGGUGUCUCGCUUCAGUGCUGUGUCCCUCCUCCUGCAGCAGCUGCAGUUGCAGCAGUCUGAGCUGAUGGUGGCGCUGCAACAGAGCGAGCAGAGACUCUCUGUGACAUUGAACCAAAACAGCCUCUUGCAGGCGAAGAACCAGACCCUGAACCAGCUAUUGAGACGCCUGGUCCCUGAGGCCCUGAGCUAG